CGCGACGCGCACGACGCACGCAUCCGCCACCGCGCACUUCGCAUCGGUCGAGCGCUCGCGCGAACGGAGCGACCGUCGCGUCAGAUCCGCGCGCUCGCCGCGCGUCGACGCGUCGAACGCGCCGAACGGGGGUCGGUCGCGGCCUUGAAAACGAAUAAAAACGACGACGAUGGCGCUGCUCGCGGGGGCCCCGGGGGGCGCGGUCGCGCGCGUCUCCGCGACCGCCGCCGCGCCGCGCGAGAGGAACACCGCGGCGACGAUCGUCGCGAGGCCGCCGGCGCGCCGAGGAUCCCGCGUGGUUAUGCGCGCGGGGCAGCGGCAGCCGCCGUCUCGCGGCGACGAUCCUGGUAUGAAGAAGAAGAAGAAACCGGCGGCGGCGCGGCGCGAGCGAGACGCGCUCGGCGAGGUCCUGCGCGUCAUGGGCGACUCCGCGACGGCGCGCGCGUCCAGCGUGGAGGCGCCGCUGGACGAGGAGCGCGCGGACAAGCCCGCGGGAGGGAGAGGAGCGCGGAGAGGGACUGCCGACGGGAAUAAUGAUGGCGACGGAGGAUCGGACGCCUUCGGAAUGGAGGACGGAGAGAAGAAGACGCCGACGCCCGCCUACGACGCGUCCGGCGCGGAGAAGGAACGGGUCGUGAAGCGCGCGACCGAGAGGAAGUCGUCCGACGUCGAGCGGUCGCAGGACUGGAGCGAGGCGGCGCAGGCGAGGGAGGUUGGCCGCGCCGCGCAGUACAUGCGCGACCUCAUCUCGAGGCAGGUGAAGAGCAAUAAUCUCAGCCGCGCGGGGUCUCUCGCGGACAGCACCGUGUUGCGACGCAAGGGGCGGCUCAAGGAGCAGGACCCUUUCAUCGAGUUCAUCGUGGAUCUGUUCAAGACGCACGAGACGGAGGAGGCGCUCGCGAAGGCGGAGAAGUGGCUCGACGCCGCGAUCGCGAUGCCGCCGACGAAGCGCCGGUUCGCGAACAUCUAUCGCCAGGUCCCCAAGCUCGGGUAUUUUUUCCACGCGCUGCCGCUGUCCAAAGCUCUCGCGGAGUACGACGAGUUUUGCGCGCUGACGAAGCGGAAGUACGUCCGACCCAACUUCGCGGAGGUGCGGCACAUCAUCAACAUCGCGCAGGUGCACGCGAGCGCGAGGGAGGUGAAGCUCGUGACGUUCGACGCGGACGGCACCCUCUACGCCGACGGGAAGCACUUCGAGGAGGAUAACCAGAUGAUCGACAAGAUCAUUCAGCUGAUGGAGGUGGGCGUGCACGUCGCCAUCGUCACCGCGGCGGGGUACCCGGGCGACGCGAAGAAGUUCGAGCAGAGGCUGCGCGGGCUGCUGGACUCGUUUAAGAGCGCGCGGCUGAGCGCGGACGUGCGCAAGCGCUUCCACGUCAUGGGCGGCGAGUGCAACUACCUCCUCGAGGUGAACGACGAGUACGAGCUCGAGUUCGUGCCCAACGAGAAGUGGAGGGACGUCGACAGCAUGACGCGGGAGAUGUACUGGUUCGCGCAGAGCGAGGAGGGCAGGAAGAAGGUGGACGCGUUCCUCGACCGCGCGGAGAAAUUCUUGACGGACGAGGCGGAGCACCUGCAGAUUGACGUCGACGUCAUGCGCAAGGAGUACGCCGUGGGAGUCCUCCCCAGGAGCGGCACCGUGUACGAAAAUUUGGAGGAAAUUUCCAUCGGCGCGAUGAUCGAACUCUCCGACGCGGAGGUGCCGUACUGCGCGUUCAACGGCGGGAACGACGUCUUCGUGGACGUCGGGAACAAGAACAUCGGGCUGGUGACGCUGAUGAAAUUUCUCGGGUACGAGGGGCAUCAGACGCUGCACGUCGGGGAUCGAUUCACGAGCACCGGGAACGACACCAAGGUGAGGGACGCGUGUUCGAUCCUGUGGGUCGCGAGUCCGGACGAGACGACGUUCUUCAUGCGGCUGCUGUACCGCGACAUCGUGAACAUGCGGGUGCUGUGAGCGGCGCGCCCGGGCGACAGGAGGCGCGGGUUUUGUACGAGUAAUAAGGGUGUUAAGUGAGGAGUAAAAGAGUUGGGCGGAGUUGGGCCGCCGCCGCCGCGAAAGAAGUAAAAAGAAGAGAAAUAAAUCGAAUUCUUAAAUAACCUAUAAGAGGACGUCAGAG